AUGAUAACAACUGUACUGGUCGUUGGCACGUCCUCGUCGUCCAACACUGCGGUGUCGUUCGUUGUCGAGUUGCUCGAGGAGGCGUUCCUCCAGCAGGAGGAACAGUUCGCCACCACUGCCGCCGUGUUGUGGAGGACAUCAUCCAGUAUCGUUGCACUCACUACUACGGAAUCCCCCAAAUCAGUAUCGAAAAUGGCAUCAACGGUAGAGGAUGUUGUAAUGGCGGCAGCUUGCAUUAUUUUGUGUAAAAAACGUGAAUUCAAGCGAAGAUUCUGGGUACGACCGUCGUUAAAAGCGCGAACGAAAUAUAGUGGUACGGCCCUCUUAACAGACCUUGCAAGAGAUGACGUAGAUCCAUUAACUGGAGAAAUUCGAUGUGACGAUACUGUGGGUGCUGCUAGGACAGAGCAUAUGAACUCUGAAGAAAAAGACGCAAUCACCAAGUUAGCAAGAGAGUAUUCGGACAUAUUUCACAUAGAUGGUAAUUACUUAACCUUUACGAGCAAAAUUAAGCAUCAUAUACGUACAAGCGAUGAAAUACCCAUUUACACGAAAUCAUACAGAUAUCCUGAAAUCCACCGAAAAGAGGUACAAAGACAAAUACAAUCAAUGCUUGAUCAAAAAAUUAUUAGAGAGAGCCAUUCAGCGUGGUGCUCACCUAUAUGGAUCGUUCCAAAAAAAUUAGACGCAUCGGGAAAGCAAAAAUGGAGAAUAGUCAUUGAUUAUAGAAAAUUGAAUGAAAAAACAUUGGGAGAUCGUUAUCCUCUUCCAAACAUAACAGAUUUGUUAGAUAAAUUAGGGCGAUGCCAAUAUUUUUCAACAUUAGACUUAGCUUCAGGUUUUCACCAAAUAGAAAUGGCAGAAGACGAUAUUCAAAAAACCGCAUUUAAUACAGAAAAUGGACACUACGAGUUCACAAGAAUGCCAUUUGGACUAAAAAACGCGCCAGCGACUUUCCAGCGAGUAAUGGAUAACAUACUGAGAGGUAUUCAAAAUGAAAAAUGCUUAGUAUAUUUAGAUGACAUUAUAAUAUUCAGUACUAGUUUACAGGAACACAUUUCUCGACUUAGAGAAGUUUUUGAAAGGUUACGUCAGUCAAAUUUUAAAAUACAGUUAGACAAAUCGGAAUUUCUUAGAAAAGAAGUAUCGUAUUUAGGUCAUGUUGUAACGGCGGAUGGUGUGAAACCAAACCCCGAUAAGAUAAAGGCAAUUACAGAAUUUAAAAUACCAAAAACUAAGAAGCAAAUUAAAGGCUUCCUUGGACUUUUAGGUUAUUACCGUAAGUUUAUAAAAGAUUUUGCGAAAAUCACUAAGCCAUUGACAAUCAGAUUGAAAAAAGAUGCAAUUAUUAAUCCCAAUGACGCAGAUUAUAUUAAAUGUUUCGAAUUAUGCAAGACUUUAUUGACAAACGAUCCGAUACUCCAAUAUCCGGAUUUUUCUCAACCAUUCCUGAUAACUACGGAUGCAAGUAAUUAUGCAAUCGGCGCAAUAUUAUCCCAAGGUAAAUUAGGCUCAGAUUUACCAAUAGCGUACGCCUCACGAACAUUAAGUGAUUCAGAAACAAAGUAUAGCACGACAGAAAAAGAACUUUUAAGUAUCGUAUAUGCAGUAAAAUAUUUCAGACCUUAUAUUUUCGGACGUAAGUUUACUAUUGUAACAGAUCACAAAAGCCUCCAAUGGUUAUUUUCAGUUAGAGAUGCUAGUUCAAAAUUACUAAGAUGGCGCUUAAGAUUAGAAGAACAUGAUUUUGACAUUGUUUACAGGAAAGGCAAAUCAAACACAAAUGCGGACUUUUAUCUAGAAUAG